AUGAUGUGGACAGCCAAAGAAGCUGAAGACGCUGAUCCCACUCCAAUUCGUCCCAUUCAAACAAUCAUCGAUUCAAGAGAAACUCAAGACACUGAUCCCACUCCGAUUCGUCCAAUUCAAACAACCAUCGGUUCAGAAGAAACUCAAGACACUGAUCCCACUCCGAUUCGUCCAAUUCAAACAAUCAUCGAUUCAAGAGAAACUCAAGACACUGAUCCCACUCCGAUUCGUCCAAUUCAAACAACCAUCGGUUCAGAAGAAAAUCAAGAAACUGAUCCCACUCCGAUUCGUCCCAUUCAAACAAUCAUCGAUUCAAGAGAAACUCAAGACACUGAUCCCACUCCGAUUCGUCCAAUUCAAACAACCAUCGGUUCAGAAGAAAAUCAAGAAACUGAUCCCACUCCGAUUCCUCCACUUCAAACAAUCCAUCGGACACUGAACAUUCUUGCCCGAACUGUCACAAACUUCUGGGAACAUACGAAAGAAUGUGAUGUGAAUCGCCUGAAAGCACUGCUCCUUUGUGUGGUGUUGAACUCAGCUACAUCGUCAGUUUUAAUG